AUGGGUAUGCAUUUAGUAUUGUUGUGCUUAAUGUUGAUGAAGGCGAGUUCAACAAGUGCAAAUGGUGAUGGUGAUGGUGAUAGUGGGUGUCCAUUAAGGAGUGACACAUACCAAUAUAGUUGCCCGGAAGCAGAAGCAAUAAUCUUCUCAUGGGUGGAACAAGCUAUAUCUCAAGACUCCAGAAUGGCAGCCUCAUUACUUAGGCUGCAUUUCCAUGAUUGCUUUGUCAAUGGAUGUGAUGCUUCGGUUCUGUUAGAUGACAGAGAUGAUUUUGUGGGUGAGAAGAGUGCAGCUCCAAACCUGAAUUCGUUAAGAGGCUUUGAAGUGAUCGACGCAAUCAAAUCAGAGCUAGAAUUAGUGUGUCCUGAAACUGUCUCUUGUGCUGAUAUAUUGGCAACUGUUGCUCGAGAUUCUGUCGUUCUGUCAGGAGGUCCAGCUUGGGAAGUGAAAAUGGGAAGAAAAGAUAGCAUAAGUGCAAGCAAGGAAGCAGCAAAUAAUAACAUCCCAGCUCCAAACUCAACGGUUGAUGUCCUCUUGACUAAGUUCCAGAAUGUCGGACUUAAUCUUCAAGACAUGGUGGCCUUAUCAGGUGCUCAUACAAUUGGAAAAGCGCGAUGCUCCACAUUUAGCAGUCGCCUACAGAGUAGCAGUGACUCAUCAGAUGUUAAUAUGCAAUUCAUCGAGUCGUUGCAACAGCUGUGCUCAGGAGAAGAUAACACCAACAAAGUUGCACACCUUGACCUCGCUACACCAGCUACAUUUGACAGCCAGUACUACGUUAAUCUACUUUCUGGGGAGGGGCUACUGCCGUCAGACCAAGCCCUCGUCAAUGGGAAUGAUCAUACACGACAAAUUGUGGAAACCUAUGUCGAGGAUCCAUCUGCUUUUUUUGACGACUUCAGAUAUUCAAUGGUGAAGAUGGGAAGUUUGGGUUCGAGUACCCAAACUGAUGGCCAGAUUCGAAGGGACUGCCGAACUAUUAACUUACCUAAUUAA